CUUUGGGGGACGCCGUGGAGCAAAUGAGAGGGCCCGCAGCAGCGCGGGAUGCGGAAGGAGGGGGGAGGGACGGUAGGUCGGAGGACGAAGGGGGAGGAGGGUGGUGGGAGUGGGGGACGGGGGAAGGGCAAGGGGAAGGACAGGGGGAAGGGCAAGGGGAAGGGCAGGGGGAAGGGCAAGGGGAAGCAGAGGCGGAGGGGGAAGGGUGGGAUGCAACAUUUGCGACGUGGCAGUCAGAGGAGGGGGAAGGCGGGAAGGAGCUGUCAGGCGGGUGGUCGUCCGACGAGGAGAUGACCAAGAGGUUCCGACUGAGGAACGGGCGCGAGAUCCUAGAGGAGCGCGCCUUCCUGGUGGGUGUGGAGAUCAGCGCAUCGACAUCACGCGCCACCUCCUCCUCCCUUUCCUCCUCCCCUGCCGUGCCUCUCUUCCCCAUUGCCGAGUCACUAGCGGAGCUCGCCCAGCUGGUGGAGACGGCAGGGCUCAAGGUGGUGGGGUCCACGCACCAGAGAGUGGCAUCCCCCAACGCGCGCACGUACAUCGGGGCGGGCAAGGUGGAGGAGGUGAAAGCAGCGGUCACGGGCAUGGGCGUUGAGACAGUGGUGUUCGACGACGAGCUCAGCGCGGGCCAGCUGCGCAACUUGGAAAAGGAGUUCGGGGGCGACGUGCGGGUGUGCGACCGCACGGCGCUGAUCAUCGACAUCUUCAGCCAGCGCGCCAACACCAAGGAGGCCACGCUGCAGGUGCAGCUGGCCCAGCUGGAGUACCAGCUGCCGCGCCUGACGCGCAUGUGGACGCAUCUGGAGCGGCAGGCGGGCGGCAUGAUGGCUGCGCUGCGCCGCAGCCUCACAUCAGUUCGGGAGCACCGGCAGCAGCACCGCGACCGGCGCAGCGGCACGCCCAUCCCGGUGCUGUCACUGGUGGGGUACACCAACGCCGGCAAGAGCACGCUGCUCAACCGCCUCACGGGCGCCGCCGUGCUGGCGGAAGACAAGCUCUUUGCCACCCUUGACCCCACCACUCGCCGCACCCAGCUGCCCAACGGUAAGGAGUGUCUGCUGACGGACACCGUGGGCUUCAUUCAGAAGCUGCCAACGCAGCUGGUGGCAGCCUUUCGAGCCACUCUGGAGGAAAUCACCGAGGCAUCUGUGCUGCUGCAUGUGGUGGACAUCAG